CCCCCCCCCCCUCUGAUGUCCCCCCCGUCCCCCCCCCAGAACGGCAUUGUCCCCAUCGUGGAGCCCGAAAUCCUCCCUGACGGUGACCACGACCUCAAACGCUGCCAAUACGUCACUGAGAAGGUCCUGGCAGCGGUGUACAAAGCCCUGAGCGACCACCACAUUUACCUGGAGGGCACUUUGCUCAAACCCAACAUGGUGACCGCGGGCCAUUCGUGCACCAAGAAGUACAGCCCCGAAGAGAUCGCCAUGGCCACCGUCACCGCCCUGCGCCGCACCGUCCCCCCCGCAGUGCCCGGCAUCACCUUCCUCUCCGGAGGCCAAAGUGAGGAGGAGGCCUCGGUCAACCUGAACGCCAUCAACCGCUGCCCGCUUCACCGGCCGUGGGCCCUCACCUUCUCCUACGGGCGGGCGCUGCAGGCCUCGGCCCUCAAGGCCUGGAGCGGCAAGAAGGAGAACACCAAGGCGGCCCAGGAGGAGUACGUCAAGAGGGCCUUGGCCAACUCCCUGGCAUGCCAAGGGAAAUACACCCCCAGCGGCCACGCGGGGGCGGCCGCCAGCGAAUCCCUCUUCAUCUCCAACCACGCCUACUGAGGGGCCGUCGCCGGGAGACCCCCCCCCAAAAUCCCCCCCCCCCCCCCAAACCCCCCCCUAU